CUGAGGCUCCAGGGAAGGAUUAGCCAGUGCCCCAGGCAGGAAAGUGCAGGGCUAUAGGCUGCUCUGUUCCUGCACCACUGACUGUCUUUGUUAAUUGCUUUUAGGAGGGACUGGACAGCACAGACCUGGUUUUCACCUAUGAACAGAAGCUGCAGCACUCCAGGUGGGAGCAAAGACAAGGAAGGUUUUUGAGGCCUGAUUAGUGCUGUCUUCCUGUUCAUCCUUGCUUGGAAAUGGCCUCAGCUGCUCCAUCUGAUCCAAGUUUGGAUGCUGAAUGGGAAGAAUGGAAGAUGAAAUUUCGAAAAGCCUACAGCCCGGAUGAGGAAGGACACAGAAGAGCCGUGUGGGAAGAUAACAAGAAGAAGAUAGAAGAGCACAAUGCAGAAUAUGAGCAGGGCAAGACCAGCUUCUUGAUGGGCCUGAAUGAAUUUAGUGACAUGACUCAUGAAGAAUUCAGGACAAAAUGCUGUGGAAAAUCAAUGUGUACAGAAGAAAUGGUUCAUGCUGGUUUCCCCGAGUCUGGGGAUUUGGGAAAGAGUGGCUAUGUGUCACCUGUGGAGGAUCAGAGAUGACAGAGUCACAUUCCCACCUUCAAAUGCCCACAUGAAGCCAAGAGGGAACUGAAGUCCACACUUGUGUCAGCUGUGGAACAACAUGAAGCCACUGUUGACUAAGUGUUCUUCUUUACGAAAUGUGGAGAGAGUUUAGAUUGGGCUGUGGUUGACAACCUUUCCUUCAUGAUCGGAGUACUGCAGUUUGGCAUUAUGUAUGGUGAAUAUAAAGGAAAGGUGCUCAAGGGACGGUACAGGGACUAGCCAUUGUGUGGCAGUCUUUCUGAUUAAUGUGAUAUGUGCUUUUAUUUCAGCCAGAUUAACAGUUGUUGUGACUUCAUUGGGAUAGUGACUUCAAUAAGAUAGCAUACGGAUGAAGAAUUUACUCUGCUUUGCCUCAGGAACCUUCUGCCCCUAAAUAUGAGCUCACAGUGAUGAAGAGGCUGGGCUAGGAGAAAAACCAGCAGGGGCUCCCUAUGCAGUGUCGAGCAUGUGCUGUAUGAACUAUAAUAUUAAAUUCAUGUAAGAUCAA